UCCACAAAACUCCCAACUGUAGUUGUCCCCAAGCGAAGACUGAACAAGGAACAAGGAACAACAACCAGAGCUCAACUUUGCUUUGCUUUGCUUCUCUUCUCUUACUGCAUUCCCCUAAAUCUCCGCCAAUCCGACCGAACCCUAAUCCUUCAAAUCGCAAUUCUCGUCUCAAAGUCUCCAUCUUGGGUAAGAUCCAAUCACCGACACUUGAUCCCAUCUCGGGGAUCUCCAAUCCACCGACGGCCGGAGAUUUCAGAUUUGCGCAGAGAAUGAGGCGGAGGGCGGCGGACUUCCGGCGGCCGUUGAGGGCCAGAAGGUUCCCGAAUGCGUUUUGGUGGGUUCUGUGUGGUGUUGCAGUGUUGCUGUUUAUCUAUACUUUGAGCAGAGGUAGUCAGAUUGAACCCAGACCUGUAUUAACCACAAGAUAUAGGCACGAUAGAGUUAUGGAAGGCCUGAACAUCACUGAAGAAAUGUUGAGCCCAAACUCAGUUGCCAGGCAGAUCAGUGACCAAAUAGCUCUGGCAAAGGCUUUUGUUGUGAUUGCCAAAGAGAGUAACAACCUUCAGUUUGCAUGGGAGUUAAGUGCCCAGAUUCGCAACUCACAGAUUCUUCUGUCGAAUGCUGCAACAAGGAGACCUUUGACAGCCAGGGAAUCAGAAACUGCAAUUCGUGAAAUGGCGCUUGUACUGUACCAAGCGCAGCAGCUCCAUUACGAUAGUGCAACCAUGAUUAUGAGACUUAAAGCCAAAAUACAAUCUCUGGAAGAACAGAUGAGUUCUGUGAGUGAGAAAAGUUCCAAGUAUGGACAAAUAGCUGCUGAGGAAGUCCCGAAAAGUCUUUACUGCCUUGGUAUCCAGCUGACUAGUGAAUGGUUCAGACACCCAAAUCUGCAGAGGAAACUCAAGGACAGAAAAAUAGAAAUGAAAGUAAAGGAUAACAGUCUCUAUCAUUUCUGUGUAUUCUCUGACAACAUACUGGCAACUUCAGUUGUGGUCAACUCAACAGCUCUAAGUUCCAACAAUCCAGAAAAGGUUGUCUUCCAUCUUGUAACCGAUGAAAUCAACCAUGCUGCAAUGAAGGCCUGGUUUGCUAUGAACAGCUUCAGAGGAGUGACUGUCGAGGUACAGAAGUUUGAGGACUUUAAAUGGCUGAAUGCUUCUUAUGUCCCUGUGCUUAAGCAGCUCCAAGACUCUGAUACUCAAAGUUACUAUUUCUCUGGAAACAGUGAUGAUGGGAGGACACCAAUCAAGUUUCGGAACCCAAAGUAUCUUUCAAUGCUUAAUCAUCUCCGGUUCUAUAUUCCUGAAGUAUUUCCUGCCCUGAAGAAGGUGGUAUUCCUCGAUGAUGAUGUUGUUGUCCAGAAGGAUCUGUCUGAUCUGUUCUCAAUUGAUUUGAAUGGCAAUGUAAAUGGAGCAGUUGAGACAUGCAUGGAGACGUUUCACAGAUACCAUAAAUAUCUGAAUUACUCUCACCCUCUCAUACGAUCACAUUUUGAUCCUGAUGCAUGUGGAUGGGCAUUUGGAAUGAAUGUGUUUGAUUUAGUUCAGUGGAGGAAAAGAAAUGUUACUGGCAUCUACCACUACUGGCAGGAAAGAAAUGUUGAUCGGACAUUGUGGAAACUUGGCACAUUGCCUCCUGGAUUGUUGACGUUCUACGGAUUGACAGAACCUUUGGACCCCUCAUGGCAUGUUUUGGGUUUGGGGUACACAAAUGUUGAUCCUCAUUUGAUAGAGAAGGGUGCUGUGCUGCACUACAAUGGAAACUCAAAACCGUGGUUGAAGAUUGGGAUGGAAAAGUACAAGCCCCUUUGGGAGAAAUUUGUUGAUUAUACGCAUCCUUUGUUGCAACGGUGUAAUUUCCAUUGAUCUCAGACAAGGAAAAGCUUGUAACACUUUUGGUUCUCGGUCAUGACGAAUCUACUACUCUCCCACUAUAGAACCAGGCACACACACAAGGAGAUCCAACUUUUUUGUGGUCAAGAAUGCUGAUAUAGCUUUUGCAGGAUCAAGCGUGGGUAGGGCACUGGCCAUAUAGAAACAUUGGUGUAGUGGUUGUAAGAUGGGUGCUUAAUUAGUUAAUUUCAAAUUCUAGUUUAUGUUGUAGUAUAGUUGUUUUACUUCCUAUAAAUCAUUCAAAAUUGUUAAUGCUAACUAUUACAUUCUUCAA